AUGGUAUUCAACACAAUAAAAUAUAAGAAUUUCAUCAUUAAGUUGAAUUUUGCAGUCUUAAUGGCAUUGACGCUGUGCACGCUACGGAUGCAUUUUCAUUCGCACGAACGAAUGGUAGUAUCCAGCAUAAGCUUUAUUUGCCAUCUGAUAUACAUACAGCGUGUCCAUUGGAACAUUCCUCACAACGGCAAUAUUGCGCCAAAUCUUUCUUUUCUAAAAAAGGAUAGUUCCUUCCUGAUAAUGGCCUUCGUUAUGAUCCUGAUGGUGCUGCUGCGCGAGCUUCACGCUCUCAAGUCUCCAACACCCCAGUGGCUAUCCUCCAAGAUGUCCUUGAUUCAGCAGAGCAAAGUCGGACAACUGCUGCUCCUGAGUAUCCUUGAUCCCAAGGCUUCGGCCUUUCUUGAGGUUUCGUCCGAUAACAACGACAACAUCGUUGACGGUGGCACCGACGACGAACCCAAACCUGAGGUUAACAUGCACAGCACUUGGAACUGCGUUGCUCUGAUUGUCGGAUGGUUCGCCUUCAUUCUUAUAUUUUUCGCAUAG